GCAGCCAUCCAGGAGUGGGUGCGUGCAGGGCCCCCCCCGGCAGCCCCAUCCCAACUCCUCUCUGCCCUGGCUGACCUGCUGCUGGAGCAGAUGGGUGGCUCCUCAGGUGUGCUCUACGGGCUGUUCCUGACAGCAGCUGCCCGACCCCUGCUCGACCAUGACGAUCUCCCGACAUGGGCCGAUGCCAUGGAUGCCGGCAUCGAAGCCAUGAAGCGGUACGGAGGAGCUGCGCCGGGAGACAGGACAAUGCUGGACUCACUGUGCGCAGCGGCACAGGCUCUGCACAGCCUGCGCAGCCCCGGCGCAACCCUUCUACCAGUGCUGGCCACUGCCGUGGAGAGCGCGGAGGCUGCAGCAGAGGCCACAAGGACCAUGGAGGCUGGGGCGGGCAGAGCCAGUUACAUCAGCUCAGCCCGGCUGCUGCAGCCCGACCCGGGGGCUGUGGCCGUGGCGGCCGUGCUGCGAGCUGUGCUGGAUGGGCUACAGAGCUGAGGGGCAACUGGCCCUUGGGCACCCCCCUCUGUGGCUCCAGUGGUGACGAGGGACGUGGCAGCACGUCUCAUGUACCCCCAAUAAACGUUUGUGGUCCCGCUGA